GUUUUACAUCCACGAAACCAACUUGACCUUGCUUUUUAGGGCUGUCUUUUCAAAAUGGAAAUCAUUUCAUGAGAUUGUUUCUUUUGAAUCAAGCAUAGAAUGUUAAUAUGCAUACCAGCAUAGGCCUUACUUUGGGCUUUAUAAUCCUCUACACUUCACUCAUAGGGCAUCUACGGUCGUCGUGUUGGAAAGACCCAACAUCCAAGUUCUUUCAACCUCAACGGGCGUAUACCCCUACAUAUUCGGCGCAUCGAAUUCAGGAAGCUGUACAAUAUGCCGAUAUAGCAGGAGUUGAACAAUUAGAAGGGGCAAAUAGGACAACCCCACCCGAACUAUGCAUAGGAAUCCCCUCGGUGCGAAGAGAUGGCAUAUCAUAUCUGAAGUCGACUUUAGGCUCCCUCCAACACGGACUGAGCGCAGAAGAACGAGCAAGCCUUCGCUUUGUCGUACUUCUUGCACAUACCGACCCAGAAAGACACCCAGACUAUGGCCAACCAUGGCUUAUGAAUAUGGCGGACAGACUUCCUUCAUAUCACGACGACGCGGAAUAUCUAGCUCUUGCUCGCCAGAUGGAACGAAACCAAAGUCACGGAAUAAAGGCCAAGUUCGAUUACUCGAUCGUCAUGGAGGAAUGCGAAAAGACGAGUGCUCCGUAUAUCUUGGUGGUUGAAGAUGAUGUAGUGUUCUUAGAUGGAUGGAGGCACCGAACGAUAGAAGCAUUGGAUACCGUCACCACCAAGUCUUGGGCGGCGGGACAUACCGACUUCCUAUACCUACGGUUAUUCUACUAUGAAGGCUUGCUUGGUUGGAAUUCGGAAUCUUGGCUGGCGUACUUGGGAUCGUCCCUAGCAGUUGCCAUUAGCGUUCUUUGCCUACUGCUCCUAGUGCGACGAUGCAUGCCAAAAGCGCGUCAAUAUCUAACCCAUCCCGUAUUUUUCCUCACCAUCCUUGUCUUCACACCCCUUCUCAUCAUCCUAUUCUUUUCCGCGGGAGGCAAUUGCAUCAUGCCGCAACCUGAAGGCGUGCAUCUUAUGACAAAGAACGCAUGUUGCGGCCAGGGGUUAGUCUUCCCGCGGACAACCGUGACCAACGAACUGCUACCUCAUUUCCGCAGUAAUAGGUGGUCUCAAGUACCGACAGACAGUUUUAUAGAAGAGUAUGCGGAAGAGACAGGGGGACUACGCUGGGCGCUGACACCGGUUGUGAUGCAGCAUGUCGGCGGUCAGAGUAGCCACGGUGUAUUCAGGGGCACGUAUGGUACUAUGACGCCGAGCCACAUCUGGAACUUUGGUUUUGAGAGCAACGACGCUGAAAGACUGGCCGCAGAGCACGCGAAGUUUAAUCGACAAUACAGUUGACAGUUUUAACUGCAUAUUAGUACCUAUUUGUUGGGCUAAGAUUGCGAAGAUAACGAUUAUGAAGUUACGAAGUUGCAAAGCUCAAAGGUUCAUGAGCGAGGAUGAAAUUUAGACAAGAUCGAUCCGCGAUCCGACAAACAAGCAAU